UCCAUUGUGUCACAGCCAGGGGAUUCUGGGGGAACUCAACCACUGAGUAGGGGGGGUUUCCACUGUAGUGGGGAAGUGGAGCGCAACACACAGAGGGAAAUAUUUACAGUGUUAUAUUCCAUCUCUGUGUGUGUGUGUUCCUGUGGUUCACUGGCAGUGUGUGUCACUGUAUCAGUGUUUGGUGGCACUGAGCUCAUUGUACGCUAGUCCCUCUCACACGUCUGACUAGCUCCUGCUCUCCUUACGCCAGGAGGGAUUUACACAAAGCUUCAUAGCACAAAACAAAAUUAAAGCCCUCUGUGUGUCAGUAUGAAGGUGUUUGAGGUGGGUGACUCUGUGAGUCGGUUCAGGCUGGCUGAGUCGUGUGUGGGGCUGGCAGGGUGUCUGUGUGUGGCCUACUCUGUGUGGACCCCUCACUGGCUCAAUGACCAGGGACUGUGGACUAAUGGCAACAACAGCACCAACACGGACAGUGACCAGACCAGGGGCAUUAUCUUUAACGCCUUGGAGGCAGAGCAAGUAUUUGGGGUGCUGUCGUUCUUCAUGGCUGUGAGUUCUGGGGCUCUGUGUCUGGUGUUCGCCCUCUGCUGGACGUCCCAGACGGUGCGCUCCUACUCCAACACCCGCUCUCUACUUAUGGCAGGCCAGGCCCUCUACCCCACUGUCCUGCUGCUCCUCAUUUUGGGACCCACAGGAUUCUUCUUCCUCCUCAGCUGGUCCCUCUUCACCUACCAGCACUGGGUAACGAUCAGCGAUGACUUCACCUGCCUGGGCUCCUCCUAUUGGCUGGGCGCCCUGGGCUGGGCCCUGCUAUUGGUUGCUCUGCCCGUGGUCUUCCUGGUGGAGCAGUGUGUGGUCCCGGACAUCCUGACGGAACUCACGAAGGCCACCGAGGGGUGGCGGCGCACAUCUGAGGUACCGUACGCCAAACGCUCGUUCAGCGAGAGUCGUCAGCAUUGUCAUGAAGACGAGAGUCAUGAAGACGUGGAGAGAGGGCUGAAGAUGUACAUAUCAGUACCCUGAGAGGAGGAAUGGAGGACAGAGAAUUCAGAGACUGAGCUGACUGCAGGACUGGACUUGACUGGACUGGACAAACAGCUGAUGUCCUGUUCACACUAGCAGCACCAGGGAGAGGAGCUUCUAGUGCCUGUCUGGAUCAAAGACUGACUGCUCCACUGUAGGAGAAUGCUCACAGACACACUCUGAGAAUAUGUGAUAUUAGACAAAAAUGUCAAUGCUGUGAUAGUGUUAUUGUCAGUCUUUGUAGUUGUUUGUUGCCUAGCACACAUUCAGGAGGUUUUCCUGUUAUAAAGGAAAUAUUUGUGUUACAGUAGCGCCCUCAUGUGGUGAGCAUUACCAAGGUCUGAUGUAUAAAAAAAUAUUUUUGAUACAGCUUGGCAGUCGAAAGUAUUUAACUUUUUUAUGGGGGGUUGUUCAGAUGCAAAGUGGGACCACUUCUUGUAGAAUUUAGAUGAAGUAGGCCUAAUGAUGUAAUUUAUUCACAAAAUAGUACAUUUACAGUUAAACUAAUGAACAUUCAAAAUAGGCCUACGUCUCAAUUCAAUCUAAAUGUGAAUUUGAAUAUCUCCGUAAAUUAUAUAAGUGUGUAAUGCAUUCUUGAAAAUGGAUGAAUAAAUCUCCGCUGUUAAUGUA